UAAUGAUGAUUCGGGAGUUAUUUGCUUGUUUUUGCUUCAUUUUGUGUAUUUCUGUUGUUUCUUUGCGUACUUUUGCUCUUUUUGGGUCUACCCGUGCCUGUGAAUUAUUUUACGUGUUUCGGUUCAUUAUGUCUACAUUUUUUUUUUCAUAGACAAAGCCGUUUCUAGGGGGGAAUUCUUUGGACAAGGUUGGUUUUCUUGGGAUGAUAUUCAUGAAAUAGAGAAGCAACAUCUUAAGGAAUUCUUUGAUGGUAGCUCGAUUUCUAGAACUCCCCGGAUAUACAAGGAGUACCGUGAUUUCAUGAUUAACAAAUAUCGGGAAGACCCCACAAGAAGAUUAACAUUCACGGAGUUGAGGAAAAUGUUGAUUGGAGAUGUUUGUUUGAUUCACAAAGUGUACGACUUCUUGGACAGUUGGGGCUUGAUUAACUUUCAGAGCUCUGAUCAGUCUAAGGAAGAAUGUGAAGAAGCACAGUUCUCGUUGGUUGUUGAAGAAGGAAUUCCAUUGGGUAUUCGAGUGAUUCUGAAUCCUGCAAAGAGUUCUUCCUCCAGUAGUACCGGAGAGAAGGGUGAUGACAAGUUCAAGUUUCCGCCGUUGACAUCUUAUGUGGAUGUGUUCGACAGUUCAAAAACUUCUAAAGAAAACGGAGGAGCAGAGCGUCACUCUCCAUCUGAACGUGUUUGCGUCAAUUGUUUGCAGGAGUGUGGUUCCAGUCACUACUUCUCUGAGAAGGAAGAGAUUUUGAUUUGUGCAAAUUGCUUCAAGAGUGGAAAUUAUGGUCAAGGAAGGUCUGCUGAUGAUUUUUCUCUCAAAGAUUGUGCUAAUAACACCAGCAAUGAUGUGUCCGAGUCAUGGUCUGAUGCAGAAGUGUUACUUCUCUUGGAAGGUGCUCUCAAGUAUGGGGAUGACUGGGACCUUGUUGCUGGUCAUGUGAAAACGAAAAGUAAACAUGAUUGUAUUUUAAAGCUCAUACAGCUUCCGUCUGUUGACCACAUGGUGAGCAACCCUAAUAGUAGAGCUAACCAUAGGAAUAAUGACACCAAAGGAGCAGUGGCUACAUCAUUUGAGGUUACCAAGAUUGAAGAUCAAGAUGAUGAACAUUCUGCAGGGACCACGGUACCCUUGGAAAGUGUGGAAGGCCAUUCUGUCAAGCGGCGAUGUCUUUCACCACUUGCUGAUGCUGGCACCUCAUUGAUUACACAGGUUGCUUCCCUGUCCACAAUGGUUAGCCCCUCUGUGGCAGUUGCUGCAGCUGAGGCUGCUGUUUCUGCCCUAUGCAAUGAGAGCCCAUCUGCAAGGAUGUUGUUAGGCACUGACAUGGAGGAAAGGGCUCAUGGCUAUGGUGCUGCAGUUUUGCUGGAGUUCGAAAGAGCAAAGGCUGUGGAAACAUGCAAGAUUGGAAAAAGAGAUGAACAAUUAGGUAAACCGCCUGUCAGCAUUGAUGAAAAAAUUGGCACAUCAAUGUUACGAAUGCGAGCUGCUGUUGCUACUGCACUGGGUGCAGCAGCUGCAAAUGCGAAGCUACUUGCAGACCAGGAAGACAGAGAGAUUGAACACUUAGUGUCAAGUAUCAUUGAAGCACAGGUUAGGAAGAUUGAAUGCAAGAUCAAGCAUUUCGAGGAGUUGGAGCAGAUAAUGGACAAUGAAUAUGUCUAUACACAAAACGUGAAAGAUUCUGUUCUCUCUGUUCAUCUUGAUAUUUUGCAGAGAAACCUAAAUGCUGGAAUUCUGAGAGGGAGUAAUCAGACAUAUGUCAAACCCUUUGUGGGAUUACCGGAGAUGUCUUGGACGUAGAAAGUAUCGACUGCUUGGCUGUCCUUGGUUGUGAUCUCUGCUCUUGUGAUGCAUAAACUGUUUUCACGGAAUAUCCUUGUGACAUCAGAGAGAAGGCCCACCCUGUCGUCUGUG